CUCCUAAAUACGUUCAAACAACCCAGAUGACUCCUUUUCUUUAGGCUAAAUACAAAACCUCCAGUCUCCGGUCCUGGAAGAACCAGAAGGGGUUUCCUGCCUCCGUCAGGCGGCCACCCGGCGGCGUUAACCUUCAUUUGGGAGCCGGGUGCACUUGCGCCACCUUGUGAGUAAACUCUGCCACCUCUGCAGGGGUAAAUCCCCUUUUUCCUAAAAGCGGGAUGGCGUCGGUGGUGCGCACGCUGCGCCACCACCGGGACGAGGUGAGCUGCUGCGCCUUCUCCUCCGCCCUCCUGGCGACCUGCUCCGCCGACAAGACCGUACGCGUGUACGACACGCGCGACUUCUCCGAGCUGCCGGCGUCCCCGCUCGCGGGUCACGAGUACGGGGUGCACUGCUGCCGCUUCAGCUCGUGCGGCGGGCACCUGGUGACCUGCUCCACGGACGGGUCCACCGUCGUCUGGAGUCCGGUGACGGGCGAGCGGCAGGCCAGGCUGCAGCACCCGGGCCGCAGCCCCGUGCGAGUGUGCGCCAUUACGCACGACUCCUCCCUGCUCCUGUCCGGGGCCUGUGACGGAACCGUGGCUCUCUGGGAUUUCCGAACCAGGAAGCUACGCAGGUGCCGUCCUGUCAGUGAGGCCAGUGUGGUGGCUUGCUGCUUCUCUCCAUGUGGGCAGAUGUUUGUGACUGGCUGCACCCAUGGAAGCGUCAAACUCUGGGAUGAGGAUAUCAGCCUGCUCCACGCUGAGAAGGAUGCCCACGAUCUGGGAGUCACCUGCUGCAGCUUUGCACCCCAAUUUAGGAUUGAUGACUGCAGUGUGGAGUUUCGAUUGGCCUCCUGUGGACAGGACAGCCAGCUGAAGAUAUGGAUUGUUUCCCAGCAUGGAGGAGCAGCCUAUGAGAUGAAACUUCUGCACACUCUGACAGGCCAGUCGGCUCCGGUUCUGUCCUGUGCCUUCUCCUCUGAUGGAGAGAUGGUCGUCUCUGGGUCAGUGGAUAAAACGGUCACACUGUAUGAUGCGAACCAGGGCACCCUGCUCCACACUUUGAACCACCACGAUAGGUAUGUGACAGCUGUUGCCCUGUCUCCCACCAUGCCCUGGAUUGCAACCGGUUCUAUGGACAAAACGGUUAACGUUUGGCGAGUAGGGGGUGGAUACGAUGGUGUUGUCCCUGAAACAACACAGCCCGUGUGCCAAGAAAGGAAGUCACCGGGUUACUCCAGGCUGCUGGUUGCUGAUUGGUCAGAGGAGGACGUGGGGGCUUGGCUGCGUGAGGAGGGACUGGAAGAGCUCGUCAGCAUCUUUAAAGCCAACAACAUAGACGGAGCAGUGCUCACCCAGCUGAACAAGGAAAUGCUAGUCUCCGAGCUGGGACUCGUGUCGGUAGGCAUGCGUUGUCGGCUCUUGAGGAAAAUUGAUGCCCUGAAGGCAGAACAGGAUGGUUCAGAAGCACCAGAUGAGUUUCUGUGCCCAAUCACCAGAGAGCUGAUGAAGGAUCCAGUCAUUGCUGCAGAUGGGUACUCCUAUGAGCGCGAAGCCAUUGAGAGCUGGAUUAGAGCCAAGAACCGAACCAGUCCCAUGACCAACCUACCUCUGCAGACCACGAUGGUCACUCCAAACAGGUCUCUGAAGAUGGCGAUAUUACGGUGGACGGCCGAGCCAGUAGAUAGCAGCUCACGUUAGCUCAUAUUGCUGAAGCAACCAUUCAGGUACUGCAUUACUAACUUCACUAACAGCUGAUCUCUGUAACAAGUACAACAGUAUCUCUGCGUGAGGCAAUGAUUACUUUUAUAACAAGUCUUUCUGGAAAUCAUGCCAUAAUAGCUAUAUGCCUUUGUGAAU